AUGCAGCCCUUCCAACAGUUCUUUGAGCUGUACAUCCUUUUUCUUUUGACUGGGGCAGAUGCAGAAAUUCGGGUAAUGCUGAGUGUGAUCACGCGUAAUCGGUUCUGGACGCACGCUUUAUCUACGCUCUCUCUGCUGCAGUCUCUCCAACACGCCAGGAAACAUGAACCUCAGAUUUUCUUCGAGUGGCAAAUCUUGGAUGACGCAUCAGACAAGACUGACGCAAAGAACAAGCAUGCAAUGAUUUCAGAUCUUCUUGAUCGUGGCUGGGUGAGCAACUACACCAAACUGGUCCGACGUGUUGGCACUGUCCAACUGAAACGCCAUGCAGUCGACACAUUUCUGAUGAGAGAAGAUCUGGAUUUGUUUUUACACUGCGAUGAUGACGUCCUAGUCGGAAAGGGUACCCUCGCACGAGCAGUGAAGGACUAUGUGCAGGACCUCCGACAUGGCGGGGUUCUGGCCCUCUUCGUGAACUCCUGGCUGGACGAGCAGCUCUCCUUUUCCUCCCCGGCCUUCGGUCCGUACGCCACCGCUCCGUUUCUGGGCGGGGCCGCGUACGUGGCGGACCGCGCCACCUUGGCCAAGAAUCCGUGGGCCGCGGCGAAACGAACAGCUUCGCCCCAUGAGGCGCACGUGCAGUGGCUGCGGGGGCUGCUCCCUGCGCAGGGGCGAUCGAUUUGGGUGCGCUGGCAGCAGCCCUACGAGUGCCAGCACCUGGGCAAUGUGCAGACCUUGAACUUCGGCACGCAGCCAGAGUGGGAGCCCAUGUGGGCCAUCCACCAUGAAACCAAGAGAAUCGUGGAGGUGCCAGGAUAUAGCUCCGUGGAGCUGCGUGCGGCCCUGUGGCGGAAUUGUCUGCGCGACUUCGUCGUGUACCGCAACUCCCUGGCGACGGAGAAGCUGAAGCUGAAGGGCCCUGUGGUGGAAGACUGGUCGCGGAAGUGCCGCAGGACCCACUUCAACUAUUUGGAGAUCGGCACCUCGGAUUUCGACACGUUGUUGUCGCGGCACGUCUGGCGAGAAGAGGUGCGGGGCAUCUCUGUGGAGCCCGUGCGGGCGUACUUCGAGCGCCUGCCCAGCGCCGGAGGCAAGCUGCUGCUGAACCUGGCGGUCAGCGACCACGACGGCUAUGACACCAUCUACUUGGUGCCGCCGGAGCUGGUGGCUGGAUACAUGGGCUCAGAGAGCCUCUGCGACGAGGAGCAGGUCAAGAAGCUGGGCCUGUCCGGCUGCCUGCCCGGCUGGAUUCGGGGCACUUCGUCACUUCGCCCACCGGAAGGCGUGCGACAGCUCUUGGGAGAGGAGCUGAAGAGGAUCUUGGCCAAAGUGCAGGUGCCGAGCAUCACAUACAGCAGUCUUGUGACCAUUUAUGGCGUCGGUUCCUUGGACAUACUGAAGCUUGACACCGAGGGCUUCGACCACCAGAUCCUGCAACAGGUCCUGGCGCUGGGCCGAUCCCAGGGGCUCUGGCCUGGCCAGGUUCAGUUCGAGAAGAACAUGCUAUCCGACUGGCAAGCGUUGGACAACCAAGCAGCUUGGCUUCUGAAUGGAUUGAAGCUGUUGCAGCUCUUGCAGUCUUGCCCAUGUGGCGGAACUACAGGACGUUGGGUACAGAUGCCGAAUGACUGGUGUGGAGGUGGCUACUUGCUGGCGAAGUCGCGAGAUAAGCGCCGGAGCGCGGAGGCUCUGGACGAUGCCCUGGAGUUGCGGACGAUGCGAAGACAGGCAGAUGGAUCCAGUUUUUGGCCAGCCAAAGAGCUGCGGCCUCCAGAGAUCCGCAGCGACCUGGACGAAGAACUCGCCGUGCUGGAAGCAACUUAUUCCCACGCUUCUGUCAGGACGCUCGCCACUGAGACCGUGCUGGACUCCAUUCCAGGCUCAAAGGAUGGCAGCGCCGCCUGGGAAAGUGCUUCAAGGGAGGUCAUUCUGAGUGCUCUUGGCCUGCCUUCUGCCGAAGGCGAGGCAGUGCAGGAUGUGCGGCAGGAGGUAACGCCUGCUUCGAGGUCAAGCUGCGCGCCCGAAGGUGAGGUCAGACCCAUCCCGCAGGAAUCGCUGCACAGCAGUCCUGCAAACUCUGCAGUGACAUCCGUGGGUGCGGGCCACAAUGGAUACCAGGUCCAUGCAGUCGGAGUGCCUGGCGCGGUGCUCUCUGCUGAGGACGAGGCAGUGACUGGCUUGAGACGUCGCGGUGGAGUGGAGGUUGUCAUUGAGCCAUCUGUACCAGCUCGCCCUCCAAGCUCUGAUCCGCUGGCUUCGAGGCCUCCAAGACCGGCAGGCGCACCUGAUGAAGCCCUGCCGGGACUUGGGCCGAAACCUCGCCGUCCAUCGGCUGCUCGAAAGGAAACGCCACGGAGAAGUCUAUCUCUUGGUCGGCGGAUGCAGUCCAACCGGAAAUUGGUCAGGAACGCGUUGGAGAAGACCUGCCUCAAGGGCGAUGCCAAUCGCGAGCAGCGUGAGCAAGUCCUAAGAUCCUUUGAUGAGGAUUUGGAGAAGUGCGAACGCUUCAUCAUCCUUUUCCGGAGCAUUCACACAGGUCGUCACGACUUGCGCGCGCUCUACGGCUUCUUUGAGGGUGCCUGGUCCAGAGUGCUGCAAGUGCUUCCAUCGCCCGCGUCGCUCGAACAGCGCAUGGUGGCGCAGUGCCUCCGGUAUGAUUCGGGUGGAAAGGAGUUCAAAGAGGUGCCUGCAUCACAAGAGACGUUGUCCGUUGCGGACGCGGUUUUUCUGCAUCCGCAGUACCUGCAGAAGUCUCGAGUAGUGGUGCCAUGA